AUGGCGGAUGCCUGCGGAGCAGGUGUAGCUACUUCCAGCUCUGGUGCUGGGGCGCUCCCGCCGUGGCAGGCCUGCAGCCCGACCCAAGCUGGGCACACAGCUGUGUUCGCAGAUGUGAUCCAGCCCCAGCAUCUGGCUCCAAGCUGGCAGCAGAAGCCCCGGAAAAGGAGCAGCCUUCUCCAGCUGCUGGGUGCCUUCCAGGUCAUUCUUGGCCUGCUGCACCUGCUCUUUGGGGGCUUCCUGGCCGGCACAGUCAAGAACCUUCACCUGGUUGUGCUGAAGUGCUGGUACCCAUUCUGGGGGGCUGCUUCCUAUCUCGUUUCAGGGGUCUCGGCGAUAUGCAUGAAGACCUUUCCUAAAUCGUCUCUGAAGGUGCUGUGCCUGCUGACGAGCCUCAUCAGCUUCCUGUGCGUGCUGUCCGGCCUCCUGGUCAUCGUCAAGGACCUCUUUCUGGAGAACUCAUUUGAGUCCCCGGUCUGGAAACCGUACCCCAACCACAUUGUCCACAUCCAGAGGCUGGAGCUGGCCCUGCUCUGCUGCACCCUCCUGGAGCUCUUCCUGCCGGUGCCCACAGCCAUCCUGGCCCAUAGGGAGGAGCGCCUGUCUGCAGAGGCAGGGGAGUCAUUCCUUGUUCCCGACACUCCGUGGGAACUCCAGGCUCCAACGGUGGGGCCACCACCCUCCUACGAGGAUGUGACUCAAGACCACAGACAAAAGGAGCAAACUCAGAGGUGA